AUGCCGGCACUUCUGGUUAGGAUCAAUCAAUCUUUGGUGAUGGCAAAGCGAGGACGCGCUAAUGAUAAUGUAGUCGACCAAAUCUCAAUUACCACAUCAAAACCUGAGAACGCUGUUGCUUACGCAUGCGCCCAUCGAUCUAACGGAAGAGAGUGUGCCUUGUUUACGCGCGCGUCACCCAUUGAACCGCUUGGACCCGGUACGAAGGAAGAGUUAGUGAAGAAUAUCCUAUGGUCAUGUAGUCUGCUGGAGAACGUGGUCGCUCAAUAA